GUCACAGUGGUUGGGGUUACAAAACACACGUGUUUUGUUAUCCCUUAGUCUUUUUAAUGAUAAUAUGUUAAAAUAAAGCGUUGAAAUGAGUAAACUAUAUGUUUUAUACGAGCACAGCGCGGGCUUUGCGCUGUUCCGUGUCACAGAGUUCGAAGAGUUGGCAGCAUUCCUACCUCAGGUGGAAGAAUCGGUAACAGACCUGCAAAGGUUUAAUUCAGUGGUCACUUUAAUCGCAUUCCAACCAUUUAAAUCUGCAAUCGUUGCGUUAGAAAAUAUUAACGCUAUUUCUGAAGGUAUUGUGCCAGAGGACCUUAACUUGUUUCUUGAAGGUGCAUUGCCAAAGCGCAAAAAGAGGUCAAAAUGCACUCUAGGCGUAGCAGACCCGAAACUUGGUGCUGCCAUCAGCGAAGCUCUCGAGAUACCGUGCUCACAUACUGGGGCAGUACCAGAGAUUAUCAGAGGCAUACGGCAUCAUUUCCAUGCACUCAUCAAAGGCCUCACACUCAAAGCAUGUAGCAUAGCUCAGCUUGGUCUUGGUCAUUCCUACUCUCGGGCCAGAGUUAAGUUCAAUGUGCAUAGAGUGGACAACAUGAUUAUACAGUCAAUAGCACUGCUGGAUCAACUUGAUAAGGAUAUUAACACCUUCUCUAUGAGAAUCAGGUAAGUGUAUUUUUAAAGUACUUAGUAGUUUUACGGAUUUUAUCGUGUAGUAGUAGCGUAAGUGUUUAAUUCAAUGUGUAGUGUUCGUGUAAAUAUAAGAAAUCAUUAGUACUUAGUAGUGUUAUUACCACUUCAAAUGCUACCUUUAACUACUAGUUAGCUGCUGUCAAUUAUUAAACAAGCUUACUCCUUUUUAAAGCCGACAACACACCUGCAAUCUCUCUGGUUUUAAAGUUACAGCCUGAAAACUUCCCAUUGCUUGGCACAGGCCUCCUCUCAUUUCUGAGAGGGUUUUAGAGCAAAGAAAUAUCUGCCACGCUGCCCCAAUGCGUGUUGGUGAACUUCACAUGUCUUCGAAAUAUUUUUAUUUUUUAUUUCUCAGACAUGCCGGUUUCCUCACGAUGAUUUCCUUCAUCGCCGAGCACAUGGUAAAUCAGCACUAAAAAUAGCAAUUAACAAUUUCAUUGGUGCCAGCGGGGAUCGAACCCGGGUUGCUCGCGUACUGUGAAAUUUACAGUGAGCGCUAACCUUGUUGAUGAUUGUUGAUGAAAGAAUGAGGAGCGCGGUGGUAGAUACAAGGGUUUACCGGGGCUCUAACGUAGGGACGGAUCAUUACUUGGUCUUAUGCCGAAUUAAUGGUCUUUUCAGACGUUGGAGGCAUCGGACAUCUGUGUCUUUCACAGCGUUACAGCGUAUAAGAACAGAGAGGUUACAAGAUGAAGGUGUGAAAGAGAAGUUCAAAUGUAGAUUGAGAGAAAAUAUAAGUGGUAUGGCUGAAUUGUGUAUGAAUGAUUUAGACUUGGAGACUGUGUGGUAUAAUGUCAAGAAAGGUUUAGUGGAUGCAGCUACCGAAGUAUGUGGUGUAAGUAAGAGAACGAAUGAAAGGAAAAAUAACACGUUAUGGUGGGAUGAUGAGGUACGGAUGGAAGUUGAAGCAAAGAAGAAAGCAUGGCUAGAUUUACUAGCAACCAAGGCUAGUAAUUCUAGCAGUAUGAAUGAUGAUAUUGAAAGGAAAAAGGCAGUUUUUAGACACCUAAAUAAGAGAGUAAAAGAAGUAGUUGAAAGGAAAAAGCAAGAAAGAACGGAUAAGAAUGAUAGAAGAAUAUCGGAUAACUUCCAGGCAAACAUUAAAAUGUUCUGGAAACUCGUAAGAACUACCAGGGGACAUUCACAAUAGCCUAGAAUGAAUGCUAUACGAGACCAGAAUGGCUGUAUUCUAAAUGACGAAGUUUUGAGUUUAAGGAGAUGGAAGGAAUACUUUGAAAGCGUGUUUAUGAGUGAUGAGACGUUUGAUUUAAAUGAAAUAGAAAUUCCGAAAGAAGAGGAAAUAGAUAGAGAUAUAAGUAUAGAUGAAAUAAUGAAAGCAAUGAAAAAUAUGAAAGCAGGUAAGGCAGCCGGUUAUGAUAGAGUAUCUCUCGAAAUGCUAAGGGCUGGAGAAGGAGUGGUGGCAGACCUGCUGUACACCUUGUUUAAUUUAUGUUGGGAACUUAAGCGGGUACCGGGAGACUGGUGCAAAGCCGUGAUAGUCCCAAUAUAUAAGGGAAAAGGAUCACAGCAGGACUGUAAAAACUACCGUGGUAUCAGCGUUCUUAGCAUUGUGGGAAAACUGUAUGCUAAGGUACUAAUUGAAAGAGUUAUGAAAGAAACUGACGGAAAAAUUUGGGAUGUGCAAGCGGGAUUUAGAAAGGGAAUGGGAUGUACGGAUCAGGUCUUUUCCAUGUGCAUGAUCGCCGAGAAGUUUUUGGCCAAAAACCAAAAAGUUUUUUGUGCGUUCAUGGACUUGGAGAAGGCUUAUGACAGAGUGGACAGGGAUGUGUUAUGGCAAACACUGAACUCAUUUGGGUUGAGCGCUGGUCGGCUUAGCUUUCCAUUGACGUCAGUGGAGUUUGGUGUUGAUACGUAUUUUUACAGAAAGAUUACACUAUUAUAAGCACACACACAAAGUCUCAAUAUACGGAAACGCGUAAUUUUGUAGAAAAGAAUAAUUGAAAAUCAAUUAUUCUUGCAAUGUUUAUGUCUAAUCUGCUAAUAAACUGGCGCCAUUUUGUAAUGUCAUUGUCGACGUCAAUAGGGAUGUCGAUUCUUUCCGAAAAAGGUCGAUUUUUAAAUCGAUUCAAAUCGUAAGCUGAUGUAUCGGUUCACAAAAAAUUGAUUUCUAAAAUAUCUAUAUUUUUUUAAUGUUUCUAUUUAUAAUGUAAAUAUAAACCCAUUUUAUG